AUGAAUGAUGACAUAAAAAGUUAUUUAGACGAUUUGAAUGGAAUAGAUAAUAUAUUAAAUGAAGAAAUAGAGAAAGAAAAGAAAUUAAAGGAAAAGAGAAAAUUUGACAUUUAUGAUGAAUAUGAAUUAUUGUUAAAUAAAAAGAAAAAAAAAAAAAACAUAAAUUUAGAUAGAAACAACAAUGGUACAACUAUUAAUGAAGGAAAUAUAAAACCAAAUCCUUUUAAUAAUAUUAUUUAUAAUAGAACCUUUCAUAACAAUUAUAUAUUUAAUGACUAUGAAUUUUUAAAAGAAUAUGUUUAUAAAAACAAUUUAAUAAGUGAUGAUAUAUUUUUUAAAAAAGAAGAAAUAACUAUAAAAGAAAUGAAAGAAAAAAAGAAGUUAUUAGAUACCAAUGAAGACAUAAAUGAUUUCAUAAAAAUUUAUCAUCCAAAUGAGUUAUAUCCUCCUAUGUAUGUGAAAAAAGAAAGUAAAAAAGAAAGAGAUGAAGAAAAGAAAAAAGAAAAUUUAGAAAAUGAACAAGGAAUAAAUUGUAAAAAUAAUAAAGAGUUUAGAAUUUUAAUGGAAAAAUUAUUAUUAGAAAUUAAAGAAGAAGAUAAAAUAAUAAAUGAAAAAAAAAAAAUAGAAAAAAAUAAAAAAGAUGAAGAAAGAGAAUUGAAAAAAAAUGUGGAUCUAAAACUAAAUUCCAAUGAACAAGAAAAUAUAAAUUCAUCUCUAUAUGAUGAUACUAUUGUAGAUGAUAUGAAUUUAAAAAAAGAAAAUGUGAAAAAUAAAAAGAAAGUAAAUUUUGUAGAAAAAUAUAGAGCUAAAUAUUUUUCUGAGUUAUUGACUGAUGAAUCUAUUAAUAGAGAAGUUUUGCAAUGGUUAAAAAAGUGGGUUGAUAGAAUAAAAAAAGAAAAAAAAAUAUAUGAAAAUAAUGAAGUAAAAGAAGAAUAUGAAAAAAAUGAUUUUCAACGAAUAUUAUUACUAGGUGGAUCAGCAGGAAAAGGAAAAACAACAUUAGCACAUGUUAUAGCUAACCAUUUUAAGUUUAACAUUAUAGAAAUAAAUGGAAGUGACGAUAGAAAUAAAGAAACACUGAUCCCAUUUAUAGAAUCAAUUGUAUGUAUAAAUUCUAUUGGUUCAAAACCUAAUAUAUGUAUUAUAGAUGAAAUUGAUGGAUUAUCUAGUACAUAUCAAAAUAUUGAUAGUAUAAUGAAAUUUCUAAAUAAAAAAGAUAAAAAAAAUAGAAGUAUUAUUAAAAGACCAAUCAUCUGUAUCUGUAAUGAUAUAUAUCAUAAAAGCUUGAAAGAGCUAAGAAAAAUUUGUAAGGUAGUUGUUGUAGAAAAUGUUAAUAUAGAGAUGCUAAAAACUAGAAUAAAUUAUAUUUGCGAUAGAGAAAAUGUAAAAAUAAGUAAUGAAACUGUUAAUAAAUUAAUAGAAAUAUAUAAAGGAGAUAUUAGGGCUAUUUUAAAUAUGAUAUAUUUUCUAAGUAUAGGUAUGCAGAACUCUUCUAAUUAUUCUAAUUAUUCAACAUAUGAACAAAAAAAAAAUGAAAAUGGAGAUAAAAUUUUAAGAAAAAAUAUGAAUUCAACAAGUAAAUGGAAUAAUUCAGAAUGUGAUAACAUAAAUAAAAAUUAUAGUAAUAAUAAAAAAAACAAAAAUGAGAGUAAAAUUAUUAUAAAUAUAGAUUUAUUGAACUCCUAUUUAUUUUACAAAGAUGCAAAUAAUAAUUUUAUUGAAUUAUUAAAUAUGAUUUAUGUAAAAAAUAAAAAUAAAAAAAUAACAAAUAAAUUACUAAAAGAGUGCUAUAAUUUUUUUUAUAUCAAUUUAGCAAAUGAAUAUAAUUAUUUACAAUCUUAUUAUUAUAUAUAUGAUAAUUUAUUAAAUAUUCCAUUUAAUGAUUUUGAUUUUUGUAAGUUAAGUUACUGUUUAGAUUUCUUAUCUUUUUGUGAUAGCAUAGAGUAUAAACAGAAACAAAAUUUAAAUUAUUCUUUACAAAAAACUCUUUAUUUUGCUACAUAUUUAUUUAUAAUAAUUAUACAUUUAAAUACAAAUUCUCAUAUUCAAUAUACAUUAUUAAAUAAUAGUCACAGUAAUUAUUUUCGUAAAAAGCAAAAUGAGAUUAAAAAAAUGAAAGACAAUUUUAUAAAUGAAAAAUAUGGAGUUAUCACAUAUAAGUAUGUAUAUUCAAAAAAUUUUUUUUUUGAAACAAUAAAUUAUUUAUUUUCUUUUUUUUAUAUGAAUGAAUUUUUUUUUAAAAAUGUACAUCUUUGGGGGAAGCAGAGUUAUUAUAAAGAAUUAGAUUUACCUAAAUAUAUCCUAGUUCCAUAUGAACAUAAAGAUAUUAAUAAAUUUCAAAUAUUUUGUUUAAAAAUUUUAUAUAUAAUGACGCUUUUUAAUAUAUCUUUUACAAAUAUAUCUGUUUCUACUUCUCACUCUCACACUCAUAUUUCUUCAUAUAAAAAUUAUAGGAAUGAUACAAAUCAACAAAAUAAUGAAAAAAAUAACAUUUCACUCAAUUCUCAAAUAGAAAAAUCAUAUGUAUUUGACCCAUUUGUUGAUGAUUUCUUGAUUUUUGCUGAUAAAAAAUCAAAUGUAUUUCCUGUAUUUAAUAAUAUGAAUAAAAAUGUACAAGUUAACUUAAGUAGCAGUUCCUUCAAAUUCAAGACAAAAAAUAAUUUUUUAAAUACAAAUGUAUGUGAAAGCUUGAAUGAAUUAAAAAAGUGGAUAAAUAAUAAUUCAAUAAAUUUCAACGAAAAAAGUAAUUUAAAUCAAAUGCAAAUUAUUAAAGCAUCUAAAAAGAAUAAUAGUAAAAAGUCUGCUUUUGAAGCUAAUUAUAUUUCAAAUUUUGAAAUAUCUUUAAGUGAUAUGAUUUUAAUUGCAAACCAAAACAGUUAUAAAAAAACUUUUCAAAAAUAUUUUGAAAAUAUAGAUAAAAAAAAAAAUCAAGUAAAUUUGGCAAAAGGAGAAAAUGCAAGAAUGGAACAAAAUAUAUUAAAAACAAAAAUUUUAUGCAAUAAAAGAAAUGACAAUCUUACUAUAUCUGAAUUGAUAAAUGAAGAAAAAAAAUAUAUGAAUGAAAUUAUAAAUAAAGAAAAAAAAAUUUAUUUUUCAGGUAAAUAUGUUAAAACAAAAGGUUAUUACAAAAAUAUAGAAGAACGCUGUAACGCUGUCUUACAGCCAUUAAAUUUUUGUAUUUUAGGAAAAUAUAUAAACAAUUAA